AUGGUCGUCUCGAAAAGCGAUUCCAUAGCCAUCAUUGGCAGUGGAGCAUUCGGUCUCUCCACAGCUCUUGAGCUCUCGCGUAAAGGCUACACGAACAUCACGGUCUUCGAGAAAGAUGAGGAGAUUCCGUCGCGAUGGUCUGCUGCAAAUGACCUGAAUAAGAUCAUGCGUGCGGAAUAUGAAGAUGAAUUCUACACAAACUUGGCUGUCGAAGCCACCCAUGCCUGGCAGACUUCCCUAUACGCACCUUAUUUCCACCGCGUUGGCUUCCUAAAUUGCGUUUCUGGUACUGCACCACAAAAGGCAGUGGACACGAUGCGCAAAUUUCAAGCAGCUGCUGAUAAACAUCCGGAAAUGAGACCUUUCCUCCAUCCCAUCUCGGGACCCGAAGAUGUACGCAAUACAGCUGGGGCGUGGCAAUUCACCGGGGAGAUGCCUGGCUGGAAAGGGUAUUUUUGCAAAUACAACGGCUAUGUGCACUCCGCCAAUGCAUUGAGGGGGAUAUAUCGCGAGGCAAAGAAGGCUGGGGUCAGAUUCUUUUUGGGUGAGAAGGUCGGUGCGAUAGAGAAGAUUGUAUAUGAGGGCUCGGGCGAGAGCAGGAAGAGCAUUGGUGUUCAAACAAAAGCCGGGCGAUUCCACGUUGCGAAGCUAGUCAUCGUCACCGUUGGCGCUGCAGCACACAAGAUUGUUCCCGAGCUGGGUACUGAAGUGUCUGCCAAAUCUUGGUCCGUUGCACACGUCCGCCUCACCGACGAUGAGACUGCAGUACUGCGGGGCAUCCCUGUUACGUAUGCUCGCGAUCUCGGCUUCUUCUUCGAACCAGACCCAAAGACGAACCUCCUCAAGCUGUGUCCAAUGGGUGGCGGCUACAUUAAUACCAAUCUAGCCACGGGGGUUUCUGAAGCACCUGAAGGGCUCAUGCAUUUUGUACCCAGAGAAGACGAAAGGAAGAUGCGCGAGCUGCUUCGCCAAACGCUGCCCUACCUUGCCGAUCGACCGCUAGUAGAGAAAUUCAUAUGCUGGUUUGCGGAUACGGCGGACUCCGAUUUCAUCGUCGACUACGUACCCGAGACUUGCUCUUCUGUCAUGAUACUCUCGGGUGACUCCGGCCAUGGUUUUAAGAUGUUCCCGAUAGUCGGAAGGUGGGUGGAUAGCUUGCUAAACUCCCCCGACGGGACGCAAACUAUCUCAAGGUGGCGUUGGAGGAUACCGAAGCAGAAAGCCAAGGGAGAGAGUUUUGACGAUGACGUGAGCUGGCGGGUAGGGGAUGUUAGAGAGAUUCGCGAGGUACAGGCAGAAGCGGCCAAGUCCAGAUUGUAA